CAGUGUUUUAGUGAUUGCGAUGCUGACACCAAUUUUGUUUUGGCUUUUUCUUUUGGAAGUAACAUAAGUGUACAGGUAAUCUCAUGCUUAAAACAUAUUUUUAAGAGUCAAUGUUUACUUACGGUAUUUGAUAAGAUAAAAAUGAUACAUAGUGAGACGUUCUAGAAAUAAAUAAUGGAUCUUUCGACUAUUCUAGAUCUGUUAUGUUUUUGUCAAAGUUUUAAAUCUGUUCAGCCAUCCAUCUAUCAGACGAAUUGUUCCACACUGAUUACCGGCGUCGAAUGCUUCUCGCGAGACCCACGCUAUUUGUUUUGGACUUAGUGCGUAAUGAUCACUCCGGUCCACAGUUUUUUCGGUAAUAAAACCAUGGAAAUUGAUAUGUACUUGAAGAAUGCUAAUCGAAGUGAUCAGCUUAUGGGGCGCUGAAGCCAUAGAUAUCACUCAUUAAAUAUUGAAUUAAAGACAGAAAGUAAUGAGAGCUCCAACUGUUAUCCAUUAACGUUAACUAUUUACAUUGGCCUCGUGACCGGCACCAGCCAAAUUGAGAGCGAGGAGCACGUUCAUGUAAAUAAUCAUCGCAUUCAAAUGUUCUUGAAGCAACAAUACAUCUUUAUCUGAAUCCAGCCUCGCUUGAAGACGACGCCGAUAUGAAUUUGUCCUUGACUGUGAAACUUACGCUACAAGUCUUAGUGACCUUGUUUGGGGUUUUUGGAAACCUUAUGGUGGUCUUCGUGUUUGGAAAACUCGUAAAAAAGAAAACGUCCGCUGACUUUUAUAUUCAAAACUUAGCAAUUGCAGACCUUGGGACAUUACUUUUUGUCUUUCCUCUCAUCGUCGUAAGGAUGGAGCUUCCCAUGAACUGGCCUUUCGGAAGAUUCUCUUGCCUUUACUUAUACUCUCUCACUGAAGCAUUCUACGGCGCUUCCAUUUGGUGCAUCACAAUCAUAGCAGUUGAGAGGUAUCGCAAGAUAGUCCUCCUGCGAAAGCCCAAAGAAAACAUGGGAAAGACGCCAUUGAAAAAAGCCAAAAUCAUCGUUUUUUUCAUAUGGAUAAUAUCAUUUUUAAUGUUUUCUCUACCGCUGAAUUUUGUACUCAAGUACCGUGAAUUUCCAACUGGUGAAAAAUGGUGUGGUCCAGUAUGGCAUUCGUGGUUAUUACUGCGAGUGUACGUGGUGAUAUUGACCUUGUCAUCGUAUGUUCUUCCCCUUGUUAUAAUAUCUUGGACAUACUUGGCUAUAUCACGCAAGUUGAAAAACAGCAGCUCCUUCCUCAAGGAUUUGAAAAGAAAUCAAGAGAUCUCAAGACGAACCAAGCUUAAGACUCUUCGACUCCGUCAAAACAAACGAGCAAAGAGAAUUCUCACACCAAUCGUUGUGGUAUUCGGGGUCACAAUGCUUCCUUUGACAAUUCUUAGACUAAUUUUUGUAUCUUGGCCUGCGCUUGCCCGUCAAGACUAUUAUGAAAAUUUAAUGUUCGCAGUCACCUUGUUUGUAAUUUUGAACUCGUCCGCUAAUCCUGUUAUUUAUUCCAUCGUAAGCAGCCAGUUUCGUCACUGCAUGAAGAAUGUAUUCCAACGGGUACUCAGAAAGACUCGAUCGGGUUAUUUCUCAAGUAUUUUUCAGGGGUCGUCAACAUUAAGCCGAAGAUCUCGUGAUCAUCAGAACAAACAAGUAUCAGCUUUCAUUUUUUCAAGGCAAUCGAGCCUCGCCGUGAACGAAACCAAUCUUUGAACGUGAGGAAAAUAUAUGUAUAUAAAUAUAUAUAAAAAAAAUGAAUUAGAAUGGCAACAUUAGCCACGUAUGAAUACACUUACUGUGCAGGUAUAUAUUAAUUGACCUGAAUAAAUAAAGCUGUCAUUUCAGGAAA